CUUGCGUCUUCAACUCAACACCGAGUGUUUAUAACCGUUCUUUUUUGAUCGAAAAAAUGUUCUAUUUUCUGUAAUUUUUACGAUUAGUACCAACUUUUAAAGAAUCCAUUAACUUAUUAUUCGAACGAUCAUGUUGUUUUAAGAAUUCUGUAUGUGUUAAAUUUCCCAUAUUUCAUAAAUUUCUGGUUUGUCGCGUAUAAUGCGCAUUGUUGUCGCCAACGUGAAAACAACUUGAGCAGAAUCCAUCAUGCUGGAAACGGUCUUACUAGAGGAAGAAUAUUCCCUCAUUCCAGAGGGUAUCAGAUCGAAAAUAGAUAAAAUCCUUUCCGAAACCUCUGAACGGUAUCUGAAUGUUACAGCCCUACACGAAACCUUUAAACGGGACCAAGAUGAGGCGGUUGGAGAUUUGCAAACCAAGUUAAAGCAGGAGAUUGAAAGGCGCGAAAGCAUUCAAUUGGAAUUCGAAAAAACAUCUCAGAAAUUGAACGAAUUCGAUGCAAAAGUCGACUCGCUUCAGAAACAGUCUGCACAGUUGAAAAAUGAUCUCAUCUACCAUGAAAACGAAGCCAGAACUUACCGUAUUCAAAGAGACGAUAUUGCCGAUGAAAAGUCCUCUUUGCAAGCUAUUCUCAACCGGCGCAGCAAUGAAUUGGAAAAUUUGAAAUCCGAUUAUGACUCCAUCAAUGAGAAAUAUAAACUGGCGGUUCAAGAGAAAAUCGAAGCUUUGACUCAGCUUGACGAAAUUCAAGCAAAGAAAAUUGAACUCGAUUUCAAAGAAAAACGAUUAGAACAGGAAAAGAAUUUGAUUAAUGAACAAAUCAACUUGUUAUCCAGCGACGUUACGAAGCAUCAUGCUGAAAUGAGCAAUGUAAAACGGGAACAUAGCACUCAGUUGAUUUCUUUACAAGCGGAAGUCCAACAGAAAAAUGAAGAAAUCCGUGUUCUUUUGGAAAACGAGCAAAAUUAUAAAAGGACGAUCGAAACUUUGAAUGAUAAGAUAGAAGAACUGAAUAAUCGUCUUACCGGUCAAUCCGAAGUUGAAAACGAAUUACGUAACAAGUAUGUGGCUGAAAUUGAAAGUCGAACGAAGCUCGCCGAAGUUUACAAAGAAAUGAGUGAAGAAUCUGGUAAGAAAUGCGAAGAAUUAGCUUCAACGGCGAAAGAUUUGCAGAAACUUCUCAGUGAAGCGGCUGUUCAAUACGAAGAUUUAGAAAAACGAUACACUAUUAACGAAACCACCUAUAAAGAGCAUCUUCAAAAGAAGAAUGACACUAUAGCCGCUCUAAAGAAAGAACUGGCUGACGCGAAUAACUUGAUAGAUACCUUGAAACAAGGUCAUCUGAACGAUACUUUGGAAAACUUAUCCCCGCAUGCUGCUGCUGCCUACAAUAUUAUGCGAAAAGGACUUACUCUUACGCAGAUUUACUCUGAAUAUGCCAGUGUUUCUGAGCAACUGCUUAUCAAGACACAUGAUAAUGAGCAACUUCAAAAUACCUUCAAAGCUUUUAUCGAAGAAUUGGAAGGUAAAGCCCAUAUUAUUAGAAAACGAAACGAAGAUUACGCUGAAGCCAUGGCAACUAUUGAGAAAAUUUCGCAAUCGUAUGGCCAGUUAGAAUUAGACUACGACGUUAUGAAAGAAAAACUCUCAGACUCCGAAAGAAAUACUGCUCGAUUAACGCGAGAAAAUGAGAGACUUCACAAGACAAUUUCAGAUCUAAGCAGACAGGUUUGUUUCUUAUUGAAAGAAGUGGAAGAAUCUAGGGGUGGCGAAAUUUUAAUCCGGCAGGUUGGCGAUUCGUCUGAUUACCUCAACUCCUCUGAUAUUAUAAGUAAAAAAUUAGUAACUUUCCACGAUAUACAAGAAUUGCAACAGAACAACCAAAAGCUAUUGGCUACUAUUCGAGAUCUUUCAGAAGAAUUUGAAAAUGCUGAAAUUAAGUUGAAAGCUUACAACAAAGAGGAAUUGGAGACUACUGUGUCAAGCUUGCAGAAUUCUAUAAGCGAGAAAAACGAAGCAUUUGAAAGGCAAGAAAAAAUCAUACAAAUGUUGAAAAAUCAACUGAAAAUGUACAAAUUAUUAGGUGCCGAUAAAGCGGCUGGAGAUCGAAGCUUCAAUGAAAACGCCAUAAUGGAUGUUCCGAUGAUCGAGAGUGAUACCAGAAAAGUAGCAUCAAUUCAAACAAGUGGUUCUGAAAUAGAAAGUGCGCAUUGCGCUGAGUUGCAGAAAGAACUGGCUGCCAAAAAAAGAGAGAUCGCAAACUUGAAAGCCAAACUUGACACCUGCACCAGAGAGCAUUCGAUAAAUGAAAAAAUGAUGAUGGAAAAUCUCGAAAAAGCUGAAAAAAGCUUCCAAAAAUUAUCUCAUGAUUACAAAGCCCUAAUUUCGCGAGCCGAAAAUAACGAAGAAAAAUGCAAAUGUUUCAAAUUAACUAUUGGAUCUCUCAAAGCAGAAAUUACUGCUUUGGAAAACAAAUGCAAAACGUACUCGCAAACCAUCGGAAAACACGAACAAACUAUCACUGUUCUUAGAGACGAAGCCAUGAACGCGAUGAGCGAAUUAUCUCGAAGUCAAGUCCUGCUCGAGAAUUCUAAACGAGAAUGCGCCAUGUUAAGAGAAUCCGAAGCUAGAUUAAUCGCUGAAAGAGAUGUACUCAGACAAGACAAACAGAACCAUGCUUAUUUGCUCUCCAACAUUGAAUCCAUCAAAACCAGUAUUGAAAGAUCCGAAUCCGAAUGGAAAAUGAAAAUCGAACAGAAAUGGAAUGCUGCGGAGCAGGAGUGUAGUGCAUUAAGGAGACGCUUGCAGGACGAGCAAGACCGGUACAAUGAAAAAAUUGCCUUCUUAGAACAGAUUGUGGAAUCAUCUAAAAGCCGUUUAGAUGAAGAGAAGAAAUCGAGUACUGAUCUUUCUAAUAUGAUAGAUUCAUUGAAAGCAGACUUGGAAGAAAAAACUAAAACUAUCGACGAAUUAAAAAGUAAAUUGAGAACAUCGUCCUCGGAAAAUUUCGCUGAAAAAGAAUUACGAAUGAAAAAUCUACAAAAUAAGUAUGAAAUGGCAUUAAAAGAUAUCGAGCAUUACAAAGGAUUAUUGGAAGCAGCUAAAAAAGAUUCUCAAGAGAUUUCUAAAUUAUCUGGCGAUUUUGAAAGUAUGCUUGUUUCGGAACGUGAAGUGUACUUGCAGAGCAAAAAAGACAUGGAAGCGAAGAUCUGUGAAUUGGCUGGCGAAGUAGCAGGAUUACAAAAACAAAACGCUGUGCUUCAAAAACGUGUCAGUGAAUUAUCAAAUCUAAAUCAAACAUCGAUGAUUAAUCUAAAUGAUGAAUUGAUGGAAGAAAAACGCAAAUAUUUGUCGAUGUCUGAAAAUGUCAAUGCUUUGAAGCAACAAUUGGCACAUGCUCAAACUGAAAUGAAAGCUGCACUUGAUGCGAAACUCACCGCCGAAAAGAAAUAUACCGAUGAGAUGUUACAACACACCGAAGAUAUUAAAGAACUCAAAAAACAGAUCGAAGUAGUGGUUUCGUUGCAGAACAGAAUAGAUCAGUUGACUAUCGAAAGAGACGCGGCUAUUUUAAGAGCGGAAUCUAAUAUGAGUAAUUGGCAUGAACAAGAAAACCGAAUACGUGAUGAAAUGCAUUCGCAAAAUCAACGUUUGAAAGAUUUAGUUUCACAAAAUGAGCUGCUUUUGAACCAGAUUCAAGAAUUGAGUUUGAAAUUAUCGAUCAGACAAAGCCAGGACCCAGCGAAGGAUGACAAGAAUGCAUCAACUUCUUCCGAAGGCGGCGAUCGAAACGCUGACAAUCUAUUACAAGUUAUCAGUUACUUGAGACGUGAAAAGAACCUCGCCACUUCUCAAUUGGAAACUUUAUUAUCUGAAAACAGAAGAUUGAAGUCUGAAACCGACCUAAUUAAACGUCAGUUGGAUGAAACUCGCGCUUUACUCGAAUCUGAGCAACAAAAAAGUGAUAUUUCUUCGACAACCGCUGCCAAACAUGCCGAAUUAAUCAAUAAGGUUCAAACGCUCAACGCUCUGAGUGAUAGUAAUCGCGUUUUACGUGAAGAAAGAGACAGAUAUGCUGCUGAAUUGAGUGACAUCAAAGAGAAAUUCGAGCAGGUAGAAAGCCAGACUUUGAUACCGUUGAGAAAUGAAAACAAGCAAAUCACAAUGCAGUUGGAAUUAUUGCAAACGGAGAAUAUCGGUUUGCAAAAGGAAUGCAACAGAUGGAGAACUCGUGUUACGGAAAUGACUGAAAAAAUCAACAAGAAUAAUUCGGAGGAUUUGCAAAAAUCGCUUACAUUAGAAAGAGACGCGCAUAAUAAGACGUUGGACGAUUUGCGUUCCGUCAAACAAGAGAAAUCCAAACUCGAAGAUCAGCUGAAGAAAUUGCAAAGCCUUCAUUCUCGCGUUGCAGCCAUUGAAAAAGAAAGGGCUGACUUGAUUAGAGAACGUAACGAUUUACAAAAAGAAUUAAACGAAGAAAAAACUAAAAAUGCCAAAGUCACUCAAGAUUUCGAAGAAUUGCAAAAGACUUUAGGCACUCACGAAACUAUGAUUAAUGAUAUGAAACAAAGUAUUUCUCAAAUAAGAUCAAUCGCUAAAAGAUACAAAAAUCAAUCUCAAGAAUUAUUGAAACAAAAUGAAGAACUUAAAAGCAAACUAGCAGAACAAUCUGCUGCUGCUGCUGCUGAACCGGCUCCUGUAGUUCCUGCUGAAAUUCCUCCUCAAGAACAAGAUCGCUUGAGACAAGAAGGUAGACAGCAAUUGGAAGCUGAGAUGGGAAAUCGUAUUAGAGAACUGAACGAACAAAUAACUGCCAAACAAGAAGAAAUUGAUCGUUUGUUAACGGAAAAUAAAGCUUUGCAAGACACCGUUGUGGAGAAAGAAGUCAGAGCUACGGAUAUACUGAAAACCGCUCGAAAUCGUAUUCAGAAUUUGGCCAAAGAGGCGAAAAAACAUCAAACUGAUGCUGAAUCGUAUAAACAACAAAUGCAGCAUAUUGAAACCGCUACCAGAGAGGAAGGAAUCGCUCGUCAAAAUGUGAUUAAAUCAACGUACGAAAAUCGUAUUUCUAAAUUAGAAAAAGAAAAAACUGAAGCUCAAACGGAACGAGAUCGUUUAGCUCGUGAGGUUGAAAUACUCUCGCAAAGAAUUGCGGCGUUACAAAGACAGUUGCUUACGCAACAGGGAGUCAAGUCUGCUGUGAAUAGCGGCCAAGAAAAAAGCAAUAUCGAACCACCAACUGCUAAUAUUAAACCUAUGGCUGGACCUUCGUCCUCCGUUGCUAAGUCACAACAGAACCAACAAUCUGUAGCUGUUACCCCGUGGAGAUCGGCUAACGAAACUCCAUUCGCUAGCAUUAGACCUAUGUCAAUGCAAACGAGAACAGCAGCUGUAUUGCCAACUAGUCAGACUUCUUGUAGUAGCGCCACUCAAAGUACGGUUCUCGUACCGCCUCAACAACAACUUGUGGAUACGAGUUCGAAUGCGCCCAGUAUUGCUGAAGCAUUUUCGUCUUCUCCUUCGUCAUCGUCUCAUACCGAUUAUAACAUGCCUUCAACCAGCUCUUCCGUUAGCCACACUUCAGCCAGGCAAGUCGUGGUUACUCCAACUCAGCAAGCAUCACAUUCAGCUGAAUCAACUCAAGAUAUGGAAGCCGAAUGCGGUAACCAAGAAUUACCAUCCCAAGCUGCACUCUCGAGCCAGCAGCAACCAUCGCAAAUGUCUCAAAAUCAAGGAGCAGGCAUUUCGACUCUGUCAAUCAUCGCUACCCCGUCUGUAUCGCAAUCUCAAGCACCUACGGUGGCUUUAGUACUUCCCAGAAUCGAUUUACAAAACCUACCUACCGGCGGACCGUCGCAUUUGUCCAAUGUACCGGAACAAUCGAUGGUAGCUAGUAGCCAAACAACCCCAGCUUCUUUGGUAUCCGCGUCUAAUCAAACCGAUUCUUCGAAUACGCCUAAAAGAACCGAAACGUAUUAUCAACAAGACGGCGAAGACUCGAAUCCUGGUCAGGUAUCGGCCAGUAAUCAGCUCAGUCAGCAGCAACCGGUCGUCGCCAGCAGUAUCGAGACUGCGCCCGAACAGUCGAUUGUCAGUGCUAGUAACCAACAAUCUGGCGAGAAAACUGUAUCCGAACCUUCGGUGGCGAGCAGCAAUGCGAAUAGUAGUAAUACUGUGACUACGACUCAAGCUGGUCUGAAGCGUUCCAGGGAGACGGAAGGCGAGAGCUCGAGAAGCUCUGGUAGCACGGAAGUUAAUUCUGUGCAACCGCAGGCGAAACGUACUCGUCGCAUGGAAACCGUUCACGAAGAUAUAUUCCGAAGCGAUGUCGACGAAUCGAGUAACGCGGAUGUGCUAUUAAGGUAUGGCGGGAUCGAUGUGGAAUAUCAGGUUCCAACAUCGUCGCAACGUGAUCAAGAAUUUGAUAAUCUAGUCAUCGAUUCCGAAGGUGAAGAUGAGUUGGAGGAGGAUGAGCAAGUGCCCGACGAUGGUAUAAUUGAUGAGAACGAUGACGUACCCGAGGAUGUCGAAGAUGAAGAAGAAUUCGAAAGCGAAGAAGCGUAUGAAAUGGAAGGCUAUGACAGAGAAGAACAGGAUGCUUCGGUGAAUCGUUAUCCUGCUUUGGGUCCCGAUAUCGACGAAGUUCAAGUACACGAUCAAGAUAACGAAGUUGAAAUUAUUGACGAAGAGAGUAACGAAGUACCAAAUCAAUCCGGUCGUAGCGACGGUAUCGCUAUAAUCUCAGCUAGACGUGGAAUAGAGCAACAAAGUUCCGAAGCUACGAGUAGUGGAAACAAUAUGAGAGCACAAUCGGCUAGUAUUACGAGUAAUCAAUCACCCAUUCCAUUGCAGUUUGGUCGCCGAUCAUCGACUAUUUCUCCUUUGAAUAGACAACCUAAUCAACAGCUGUUAUUGUCGCAGGGAUUCGAAGAUAACGCUGGAGAUGAUAGCAUUGUACCAAGUACACCGACUCUGUGUGUGCCUCGCAGAACUGACGGAUUCGGCGAAGCGGUUAGUUCGCCUCAUGUACCAUCUAGUGGUAGAUUCACGUUUUCGGAAUCGCAGCCACCGGUUGGUCGAGCAGGUGUCGCUUUAAUGGUCUCAGAGGGUAUUGACGAUACAAGAAUGGAUCUGAGUCAGCUCGAAGAUAAUGCCGGCACUGGCAGAAGUGUUCCUUCGACUCCAUUGCAAUCGUCUCCUCAAGAAGUUGAUCGUAUUGAAGUAGGUCAAAGUGUCGAAGAUAAUCAACCACUCAAUGAAGAGCUUUCCUGUAAUACAAAUAACCAACAACAACCGCCGCCUGAAGAUAUUCUCCUUGACAAUGUUGCCUAUCACGGCGAACCUGCCGAUAAUGGUAAUGACUUGAGAAAGCUCGAAGCAGCUAACGAUUCUGAGAAUUUAGUCGACGAACCUACGGAUCAAGGUGUAACAUCAGACAGCGGUCCACCAGAUCAACAAGUUGCUGGCACAUCUCAAAAUGUCCCAGACGAUGUUGAAGAAGGCAGAGAAGCUGAGGCAGCAAGAAGUCACGAUAUUCAACAGAUUCCGCAACAAAUUCUCACCACGGGGGGUACCGCCAGACGUGGUGCAACUCGUGUAGGAAGAAGUAGAGCCCGUGGAGCACAGUCUUGGGAGAAUGCUACCAUCUCCAACACCCAAGAACAAAGCGCCAGUAGAGGAACGCAAGCACGUGGCCGAGGUGGUAAUAAUCCAAGAGCUUAUCGCAGAGGUAAUCGAAGACAACGUUCGUGGACUCCGUUUGGCAGGUAUUAAUUUAUAUGUUCCGUCGGCAAGUUUUACGUGUAAUUUGAUUUUAUUAUUUUUUUCAAUAAUGUAAGUAUUUGUAGCGAUUAUUAUUAUUAUUUUUAUUAAUUUGUUGAAUGAUUUUGUGCUGAUUUUUUUUUCGAUUAAGAAUUAGGUAAGAAUGAAAUACACAAAUACAACGAAUACGUUUA